AUGCGUUUGACGGAAACAGGAAUUGGUGAUUUUCCUUAAGGAUUAAACAAAAACAUAACAUCGCAUAAUCAACGUUGCAAGAUCACAUGAAACACCAAAAUCUUAAAAACUGAAAAACCAAAACCCAUGAAUUAUGUCUUGAUUCCAUUUUCCACCAAACCAAACAAAACAUAAAAUGAAUCAUUCAGUUUCAAUCUUCUUCUUCAUCUCAAUCUUCAUCUUCAGCUGCAUCGUUGCAGAUGUAUCCAUCUCCACCACCCAAUCCCAACAACUCUCUCUUCUCCACAACGGUUUCUCUCCCUCUCCUCCAUCUCUUCCACCGUCAUCGUCGCCGUUGGUUUCGAAUUCAUUGGACAGAAAACCUGUUACGGCACUUGUGGCUGGUUUAGAUGGAACUAUUUAUCUGGUUGAAAGUGCUUCUGGGAGGGUAAUUUGGUCUUUUUCAUCUGGUUCACCGAUCUAUCAUUCUUCUGCUAAUACUCCUCCGUCUUCUGGUCUUAUUGAAUGUGGUGAUGACUGGGAAUUAAUCUUUCAUGAUCCCCACUUUGGUAAAACGAGACUCAAGGAAUCUGUUGCUGAUUAUGUUGCUGUUACGCCUAUUGUGUCAAAAGAUGGAGCUGUUAUUCUUGGAUCCAAAAGGAGCACUGUAUUUGAAGUGGAUGCUAAAACAGGAAAGCUCCUUAGAAGCUAUGGUGCUGCUGAUUUUCGUAAUGUUUCUACUACUGCAAUGUGGAGUGGUGACAAGGACAGUGAGGGUGUUACUAACGACUUACGUGCAAAUAAUAAGGAGCUUGCUGAUCCAGCAAAGCUUAAUUUACCAGAGUUUUUGCUCCAGAUAGUUAGGACUGAUUAUUUUUUACAAUCUGUGGGUCCUGGUUCAGGAAUAGUGUUAUGGACUAUGUCAGUAGCUGAAUUUGAGGCUGUAUUAUUUUGCCAACAUAAUGAAAAUCCUACCUUGACAGCUUCGCUUGAUGCAGAAGGUGAGUAUGCUUACGAUGUUGACAGUGGCUUGGAUUUUGCUAUGCCGUAUGCGUGUCCUGACAGAAAACUCAGAGAAGUCUAUCGCCAACGAAAGAAUUUUCUGUUUGAACCUGAUAAAAUUCAAAGAUUAUCUGAUGUUGAUGCUUAUCAAGAGAAAGGUAUGCUCCCAAUGCCCGAUUUAAAGCUGAUGCUUCCAUCACAACCUAAGAGUGAUAGAUUUCUCCCCGGUCAUGGUGGUAAUAUGAUGCUGCCUGUGCCUGUGCCAAAUUAUAUGCAGCCGAAAAUCACCUAUGAUAGUAAUGGUAAUGCAGUUAUGCUCCCUCAGCCUCCUAUGGAGAUCACUGCACCAAGGGAAGUUGAUCUGAGCAGGGUGAUUGAAUUGUCAAUGUCAUUAUUGGUUGUAUUAUCUGUGGUCUUUCUUUUGAUGUUGUACCAAAAUCGGUUAAAAAAUAAUGUUACAUCGAAGGUCCAAAUCAGUGACUCAGAUUUGAAAAGUUCACCUUCUAAAAAAAAGAGAGUACGUAAGUCAGGAAAAAACAACAUCAUUGUUGAGGAGAAUAUACGAAUUCAUAAGGAAGCAGAAAAUGAGGCACGGUUGUACUAUAAUAAUGUUAAUGGACGCAGGAUCGGUAAACUGUGUGUAUUAAAUAAAGAAAUCGCAAAGGGGAGUAAUGGCACCAUUGUCCUUGAAGGGAUAUAUGAAGGUCGGACAGUUGCUGUCAAACGUCUUGUUCAGGCUCAUCAUGAUGUAGCUCAUAAAGAAAUCCAAAACCUCAUUGCUUCUGACUUUCAUCCAAAUAUUGUUCGAUGGUAUGGUGUGGAAUAUGAUCACGAUUUUGUUUACCUUGCUCUGGAGCGUUGUGCAUGCAACUUGGAUGAUCUGAUUACUUUUUAUUCAGAUUUGUCAGAAAACUCAGUGUUAAGAGAGGAUCAAGCUUUUGAUUUUUUUAAGAAGGCCCAGAUAGAAGCACAGAGGGAUGAUAUGCAGUGUCUUUGGAAAUCAAAUGGUUAUCCAUCUCCACUUUUACUAAAGUUGAUGAGGGAUGUGGUUUCUGGGCUUGUUCAUUUGCAUGAACUAGGAAUAAUACACCGGGAUUUGAAACCCCAAAAUGUUUUGUUAAUCAAGGAAAGGUCAUUAUGUGCCAAACUUUCUGAUAUGGGGAUUAGUAAACGACUUCUUGAAGACAUGUCUUCUUUAGGCCACAGUUCUACUGGCUGUGGCAGUUCGGGUUGGCAAGCGCCAGAGCAGCUUCUUCAAGGACGCCAAACACGGGCUGUAGAUUUGUUUAGUUUAGGCUGUGUCCUCUUUUUCUGUAUGACAGCAGGAAGACAUCCAUUUGGAGAGCGUCUUGAGCGUGAUGUCAACAUUGUUAAAAAUAAGAAAGAUCUUUUCUUAGUAGAGUUCCUUCCUGAAGCUGAGGAUCUUAUUUCUUGUUUAUUAAACCCUGACCCUAAUCUAAGGCCAAAGGCGAUUGAAGUAUUGCAUCAUCCUCUAUUUUGGAGUUCUGAGAUGAGACUUUCAUUUCUUCGCGACGUUAGUGACAGAGUGGAACUUGAAGAUAGAGAGACUAAUUCUGUUCUUUUGAAUGUAUUAGAGAGCACUGCUCCACUGGCUUUAGGUGUAAAAUGGGACGAAAAGAUGGAACCAGCUUUCAUUGCCAACAUUGGUCGUUACAGGCGAUAUAAAUUUGACAGCGUCCGAGACUUGUUGAGGGUCAUGAGAAACAAGCUAAAUCAUUUUAGGGAAUUGCCUCCAGAAAUUCAGGAAUUGAUAGGACCUGUUCCGGAAGGAUUCAAUGACUACUUUGCAAGUCGAUUUCCUAGGCUCUUGAUUGAAGUGUACAAAGUUAUCUGCAACUAUUGCAAGGAUGAUGAAUGUUUUCAAAGAUAUUUUAGAGACGUUGAUUAAUGCAUUAGCCUUGAUCAUAUAGAUGGCUUGAUAAUUUAUCAAAUGGCAAAGAACGGUUGUUGGCAUGCACCAGAUUAUGUUUUCAUUCAUAACCUCAACCAGUUGCCAUUUGCCACUGAUUAGUCUAACCCAAAGUUAUGAUGGAAUGCCAUCUGUUUAAUCCGGUGUUUAGAGGAUUCAACUACAUGUAUAUUAUUAGUACAUAAUACAUUAGUAGGGAUUGUAAUCCUCUUGGUGAUAAAGGAGCUGUAAAGUUAAAUGUAUUCAAAUUUCAUAUAUAUCAUAUACCAAAUUACAAAAGUUAUGUAAUAUCAGUUGCUAUUUUACAGGUGGA